GUGUCUUCUGUCAGGGGGUGAAAGCGACAGGGUGGAAGGACAACAGACGGUUGGCUGUGAUGCUGCUCUUUGUUCUCUGGUCCAGUUUCCUGGUUUUGUGGCCAUCACAAGGCGCGAUGGAAGGCAACAAUCAGGAAGGCUGUCAGAGGGAAAUGGUUACUGAGGAGCUCCAAGUGCUUGACUUCACGAAUUCUUCGCUCCUGGAACACUCUGUAGAGCUGACUGAUGUACGUGAAACCUUCAUCUGCCUCCUUUACCCAACAAAUCUACUCAACUGCUCCUGGUCAUUCCUCACAUUAGAGAAGGAUAUGCAGCUCUCUGUCGGUAUCAGUGUCUGCCAUGAUACCACGACAGUUCAGUCUCUGAACCAAUCGCUUGUUGACCGGGACGGAUCAAGGUCUUUAGAUCUGCAGGAGCAUGAAGAGUUACAUGUAAUACUUCAAUUUAACAUGUCCCAGCACGACAAGUGGAGAGUCUACACCUACCAAUACGACAUGGCCACACUGGAGGUCAUGUCCCCACCCUCAAACAUCUCUGCAGCAUUCAAAGAUGGAGACCUAUUGGUGAAGUGGGCUCAAUCACGCUCCAAGUGCCUUGAACACCAGCUAGACCUGGGUAACCAGGAGCCUCCUAAACAGCUGAGAUCCCAGCUGUCUUACACAGAGCUGAAUGCGGAUCCUACCUUCACCUACAGAGUGAGGAUGAAGACGAGGAAGCUGGACUUGUGCACCGGAUCUCAGUGGAGUGAAUGGAGUCCCACUGUCACGGUGGAACCGUCAGGUGAGCCAGACCAACUCAACACCUUGUCCAUCAUCUCGAUUUCAUUUGGAAUACCCAUGAUCCUCCUGGCUUUGCUGCUGUUGCUGCGCUAUCAGAGGGUGUCUAAACUUCUGUUUCCUCUGAUUCCUCGCCCACCGCCUAAGUACAUAUAUUACCUGGAAGACAAUGACACUUUCAAUUUCUCCCAUCCUGUGCAGCCUUCUAAGGCUGAAGAGGAGAUCACCAAGGUGGAGGAAGAAGAGAACCCUUUAAAGACAUUUUAAAAGUAAUAUGGGGAGGACACUUUCAAAUUUAGAGUAAUUACUCCGACCUAACACCAACAGCAUUUCCCCUCAGCUCAAAAAUGUGUUGAAUGUAUGCAUAUGAAUGUAGGAGUGUAUUUGUGUGGGAGGUGUGUUUUUUUGGGGGGGGGGUCUUGAGUUUUACAGCCUUAUAUUCAAUGCUCUCAAGGUCAAGAGUGUUAGCUCAAGUUUACACUUUAAUAUGGUUCAAUACUUGUUGGCCGCUUCGCUUGUCACACCUUAGCUUAGUGUAAACAAAACUGUGUGGAUAUGGUCAAAUCUUCACACGCAUUCGCAUUUGUCUACACAUGUAUAAAUCUCAAUACACUUUCAUUUCAUAAACUUCAGAAUGCAUUUGUAGAUUCUUUUAUAGGCUUUUGAGAAACACACAUACGCGCACGCAGACACACACAUACACACACACACACACACACA